AUGUGGUCUGUCAUUCGUGCGUUGCAAGGGGAAUCGCCUGCUUGCGAGGACAAUUUUGCUGAGUCGCGUUAUGAGCGCAAUCAGCGGUGUAUUCUGAUGCACGAGAUGAAGCGGUAUCCGCGGUCCUUAGAUCCAGAAAUAUUUACCAGGCCUUUUGGAGAGCUGGAAUAUGAGAAGGUGCGUGCAUGGAUGCUGGACGACCGUGUCGGUAGGCGUCGACAAGCCGUGGAUCAUCUCCUUGAACUGUACGUGUUGCAGCGCGAGAAUGUGAUUCGUAGUCUUCGAUAUGGAUUUCUUGAUGUUUUACUUUCUACUCUUCAUAACGAUGAGUCUGAGGAAAUGCGGUGCAAAUCGGCAGAGGCUCUUGCGUUUUUGCUGCGGGAGACAAAGGGACUAGACAUGCUUCUUGCGAUGGACGAUGAGGGGGGCACGGUUGGCAAACUGCUAAAAGCAUUAGAUGAUCCUUCAAAGGAGGUCGUAAUACUUGUACUGCGUGUGACAAUUGCGUGUCGGGCGGCGUAUAAUGCAUACGAGGCAACAGUGCGUCUUGUCAAGUAUGGCUUUAUUGAGCGUUGCAUUGCGUUGCUGCGUCACGAAGAGGUGAGAGUGAGUGCAACGGCCUGCUCAGCUCUCGCAACCAUUUUUUCCGUCAAGGAGGCCUUUAUUCGGUUCAUACGAUCAGGCGGAAUGGCGGAAGUGACCGAGGCCUUGAAGCGAAAUGGAGUGUUUGUCGCCUCAGAGGCGGCUGAGGUGGUGACUCAAGCAGCCGUUUACCGUUUGGGCAAAAAGGCUGCUGUGAACCACUGCACUCUGGUGGCUUUGCGGCCUUACAUGACGCACGACAAUCUGCGGGUGCGGACAGCUGUCACAGGGGCGGUGGCACAACUCACCAUUUACGAACCCGGGAAACAACAGGCGGUGGACGAAAAUAUUGCCCCUAUUCUUCUGGAACUUCUCAUGCAUGAAGAGGAGCGUGAUGUCUUGGUUAAUGUGCUGAAGACUUUUGUGAACGUUGCUGAACAUCCAGCGGGGAGGCGACAGCUUUUGGGUGCGAAGGAUCGACUGCAGUUUAUUGCCCGAGAGGCGGAUGAUUAUCAACCACUCAACCUAUCUGUUGCGGAGGCCCUCAGCCAACUCGAAAGAAAAUGUUAG